AUGUCUAUGACAGUUGAAGACUGCACAAAGGUUCGGCCGGGAUUCCCGCGUCCGAUUCCCAGUACCCCGCAUAAUGUUAUUGAGCAGUUCCAGAUGAAGGACAAGGUCGUGGUUGUGACGGGAGCUUCAGAUGGAAUCGGCCUUGCUGUGGUAGAGGCCAUGGUAGAAGCAGGCGCAAAUGUUGCCAUGUGGUAUAAUUCAAACGACGCAGCAGUCGAGAAAGCCAAGAGCUUCAGCGAUACUUACAAGAUCAAAGCUGUCACUUAUCAAGUCGAUGUCUCUCAAGCUGACCAAGUGAGCUCAACUAUCAACAAGGUCGUCAAAGAUUUCGGCAAGAUCGAUGUAUUUGUUGCAAACGCAGGCAUGGCGAUCUCGAAGCCUAUUCUAGAGCAAACACUAGAUGAGUAUCGUAAACAGAUGUCUGUAAAUGUGGAUGGAGUAGUGUUUUGCUCCAAAUACGUCGGCGAUGUCUUCAAAAGCCAAGGCUUUGGCAACCUAAUCAUCACCUCAAGCAUGAGCGCCCACAUUGUCAACGUGCCUGUGGAUCAGCCAGUGUAUAACGCGACCAAGUCCUUUGUCACACAUUUCGGAAAGUCUCUUGCUCGUGAAUGGCAAGAGUUUGCAAGAGUUAAUAUAGUGUCGCCUGGAUUCUUCGAUACGAAAAUGGGCGCCAACCCUCUGGCUAUCAACGAGGCUUAUCGGAUGUCGACAAUGGGCAGACAAGGUCAUGUAAAGGAGAUUAAGGGCUUAUACUUGUAUCUUGCUAGCGAUGCGUCAACUUAUAUGACUGGAAGCGAUCUCCUCAUUGACGGAGGUUAUGUUCUUCCGUGA